AUGUGUCAGGUGUUGUUACCUGAAGAUUCUCAGGUUACAUCACAGAGUCUAAGCAAAGGUUAAAUAUCAGAGAGAAGUUUUACUCUGAAACUAACUGAUGUCUGGAUGAAGUGAAAGUUCAAACUCAACAAAGGACGAUUUUAAAACAGGAAACAGAAAAACAACAAAAAACAUAUUGAUGAGACGUUCACUGACCACAGAUUUUUUAAUAAAGUGCUGAGAUGUGAGACGGUUCAGAGUGAAGCUCAGUUUAAAUGUGUGCAGGUCGAUGGUUCACAGGAAGUGACAUCAUUAGGUUUCUGUGGUUUCUCUGUGGUCAUGUGACUCAGGUCUUACGCUCCCCACACCAUGGUCCUCGUGAAUCAGAGCUGUCAUGGUUUCUGACGUGUCCUGUGACUCUGGUUUGUUUCAGCUGAUUUUCUUUGUUACAGAUUCACAGAAACUUGAUCUGAACUCUUCUCUUUGGUUCCUGUCCGUCGGUUCUGGACCAGACACCUGGGUCCAGUCCAGUACAGAGUCUCAGUUCAGUUCUGAGUCUCUGUCCACUUCAGCUAAAACUCUGGUUCAGAAGAAAACCUUUUCAAACAAUCCUGGUCUCUGUGGUUUAAGGCGAGUGCCGAGCAGAUUCUGGUCUGAAUUAGACCCAGGUCAACUGGACCAAGACCACUGUUUGUCUUUCUCUGAGGGAACAAGGAAAACCAAAGAACUGGACCUCAGUAGAGGUUUCUGGGAGGAAGCAAGACGUCAGACAGCCCGGUUUGCAGAGUAAAGAUGGUUCAUGGUCCAGGGGGAAUAUGGAUGACAGGUCAAACAUGUUUCCCAUGAGGCUUUGCUGUCCCGGAUACAGAGUGACUCACAGACUAAAAUAAGACAAGUGAUUUUAGACGAACUGAAAAUAGAAAAUGAUGAAGUGAAGAAACGUGAGUCAGAGCAGAGUCCUGGACCUGAACCUGGACCUGGACCUGGACAUGGACCUGGACCUGGUCCUGGUCCUGGUCCUGAACCAUGUUCAGGCAGAACUCUGUGAUCCACUCUUGGAAACCUGUGAUCAGAGGAUCCAGUCAGGAGAACCGGUCCAGGUUAUCGGACUCUGAGGUGAACUCUCUGACAAACAGUCCUAAAACAACAGAAGACCAUAGUCCUGGUUUACCCAGAGUCCUGGUUUACCCAGAGUCCUGGUUUACCCAGUGUGAGAAGAUGUUACAGGUGGGAUCAGAGGUCAGAGGUGAAACUCACCCUUCCCUUCUCUCUGCUCUAACCUUGAUGUUACAAAUGUGUGAGGAACAUCUGGAUCAGGUCAGACCGGGUCAGACCUGAACUAACUACAGAGUGUGAGUGUGUUUGUUUGUUUCCUCCAGAUGUUUCCUGUUUCCAGCUGUGGGUGUGUGUGUGUGUGUGUGUGUGUGUGUGUGUGUGGAGGUUAUAAAUGUUGUUCCUCAGUCUGAGUCGGAGCUGGAUCAUCGUCUGUUCGUCCACAGGAUGUGUGUGUCCAGGUGUUUGCAGUGUGUCGGCAUGUCUCUGGUUCCCAUGGCGAUCGUCUGCAUGCUGUCCAACAUCUUGCUGCUGCUUCCUGAGCUUAAGAUCCACUUCCUGUUGGAGGGUCACGUGACCAGAGAGGCCACCUGGGCUACGGGUCUGUGGGGGUCAGGAUUCCUGGUUUUACUCGGAGCUCGAGCUUUUGUUCAGAGCAGCAGAACCAGAGGUUGCUGCGCCUUCAGGAGCCAGAUGUUGUGUCAGGUGCUGUACUCCUGUGUGUGUCUGCUGGCUGCAGGCAGCUGUUGUGUGGUCAGUGCCACCGGUCUCUCUCAGGGUCCUCUCUGUCUCUACAAUACCACCUCUGGCCGGACCUGGGGGGUCCCACUGCAGCCUCUCCCUGACCGUCAUUCAGGGUACCUGUACAACCGGACUCUGUGGUCUGGAGUGUGUGUGGAGCCUCGUGCUGUGGUCCAGUGGAAUGUGGUCCUGUUCAGUGUGAUGGGGGGGUCCAGUGGUCUGCAAACCGUCCUCUGUGCAGCCAACAUCCUGAACUCCCUGCUGGGUCUGAUCCUGGGUCAAGGACUGUGUCAGAACAAGGUCAGUCCGGUCUCGGUCUAACAGGUCUUCAUGGAUCCUGGAUCAGGAGUCAAACUCUUCAUAAAGUUAUAAGGUCUUUUAUUUUGGCAGGUUCCUCUGUCAGAGUCUGACACUGAAACGUUUUAAUUUGAAAAGCACUGACGCACUUUGACAUGAAUUAAUUAAAAACAAGUCGACCUCGUGUUUGAACCACGUUAAUUAUUAAAUAAAGUUUUAUUUAAAGAUUCAAAGUGUGGAGGUCAGUCUGAAGUCAAUCAGUCAAUAAAUGAUCAAUACACUCAUUAAAAAUGAUCAAAUUAAAUAUGAAAACUGUUUAAAAAUAGUCAACAAAUAAAUGGAAAUAACCUCAGUUUUAUACAUUUUAUUAAUUUAUUUUUGGUGAUCAAUCAUUAAUUGUAUUUUUAGCCAUUAAUUUAUUUCUUCAGUAAUUGAUUAUAAUAAUAAUCAUUUUCAUGAUUGUUCAUUGAUCAGUGAUUAUUAAGCAGCAUUAAUAAGUGUCUUGAUAUUUGGUCAUUGAUCAUGUUCAUUUAAAAAAAAGCAUUUCAAAACAUUUCACAGUUAUUGAUCAGUUGAUCAGAUAUGAUCAAUAAAUGGUAAACCUCACUGUUUUUUUAUUUAU